AUGCGCUGCGCUGUUAUUGGGCCGACAGGCUCCUUGGGAUCGCAUAUCUGUCUGGAGCUUCUGAACCGUGGACAUGAUGUUGUGGGCGUGUCUCGCUCUCCUGAAAAGCUGGGACGGCAUGAGCGGUAUCAGCCAAAAUCCUUCGAUCUUGCUGGAGGCACUAUUGAGGAUUUGGAACAUGUCUUGAAAGACGUGGAAGUUGUGGUGAAUGCGUAUAACCCACCACUCGACGCCAACACUUAUAAGACCUUUCUCGAAGCGACCCGCUGUAUCGUCAAAGCCGUCAAAUCCCUCAACAGCGAUGGCAAAGGCCCUUACUUGAUCCAAGUUGGCGGCACGGGCUCGCUCGAAGUCCCCGGUCGAAAACAUGAAACCGUGCUCGAUAGCCGCCGCUGGUGGCUUACACUCCGUCGGACUGUAGGAGACUCCGCGGCGGCCACUGCCCACAUGGUCGAGCGAAUUGGACCUGGACCUGUAGCGCAAAGCUUCGAAGAAUACAGGAACGCCCGUCUAGCUGUCCAAGCUGGUCAACUCACCAAGAUCAACCAGUCCAAAGUCGAACAGACGGAAGACAUGAUCUUGCACGGACCGAACCCAUUCCCAGAUUUGCCCCUGGCCGCGAGAGCUGCAUUGAUGAUGUUUGAAGGGAAUGAGUCUUUCAAAUGGUUGUUUGUAUCGCCGCCCGCCAAAUACAGACCUGGAGUGAAGACUGGCAAGUACGAGAUCUGGAAGGAUAAGAUUCCAAUGUUGUCGACGUCUUCCGUCGAUACUACGACUACGGAUUGGGAUGAGGUUUGGCACAAUCUGCUUGGGAUUUCCGUUGCAGAUCUGGCUGUCGCGAUAGUGGAUGAGGUGGAAGUGCCGCAGAAGGUGGGAGUCCACUGGAGCGCCGGUGGGGAUCUACUUGAUGAUGUCCCGAGGAGCGGGUAUGUGACGAUCUGA